AUGCAAGCCUUAGGUUUACAUAGUCCACUAAGUGCUAGAAUUUGUGGUGGACAAAGCUGAUGCAUAUUUCCUUUUGGAGCAAAUAACCAGGCACAAUAUAGACAGAGAGCUAAUAAUUUGGGGAGGACUGACAAAUCAUGAGGCCCCCGGGCAAUAGGGGAUCAUGAGGCCCCUGUGUCCCCACCACACUCAAAGCACACCCAAAAAAGCCUAUAAAAGGUACCAGGGGCAUUUCAUGGGGCCCCCUACUGACCCUGGGCCCUUGGCCAAUGCCCGAGUUUCCAAAUGGUCAGUCCACCCC